AUGGCGUCACAGAGCCAGCGGUCGUCCAUCCGGAGCAUCCACCCGCUGCCCAUCGUGCUCGAGAACGACGUGGACGGCGAUGUCGAGACGCCCAAGUCGCCCACAGCGGCCCUCUCGCCGCGAUCGAAACGCCGCUCGGACGGGACUGAGAAGUCAAAGCCGCCCUCGUCGUCGCGCAAGCAUGGCCAGAUCGGUGGCCCCGGCACCGGCAAGAACAGGACCUACGGCAGCAGCAACCCCCCGGCCGGACCAGGCCGCAUCCAUCGAGGCACGGGCGUGCACCCGGCAUAUGUCCGCCGAUUCGGGCUCUUGGAAGAGCUCUAUGCCGAGAGGAACCCAGAGGCUGAGACUAAGCUGGAGGCGCAGCCUCUGCCCGAAAGCGAGCCGGACACGAAGAGGUGGUACUCCAAAGGCGGCUUCUGGAAACGGCUGUUCGCCGGCCUGCUUCUCCUGGCAUCAGCUGCUGUUGGGCUCGGUGUUGGUCUGGGCAUCGGCCUUCGCAAAAAAUCGCUAUUAGCAAAUGCACUUCCGACAUUUAUCCGACGUGUUGAUCUGGAUGAAGCGGCUAGCGGAUUUAGCCUGAUUGCGGCUAAAUCUCAGCGGUGGACCGAGUUCUAUGCUGUGGAUAUGUCAUUGUGCUCUGAUCCCGAGCAUAUCGCCGGCGCGCCUGUGUCUGGAACAAGAACAGAGGACAGAGCAGAAGAUGGGGAUGAAGACAGCCUCUGUCACGGGGUUCUAUGGCUGUGUGCUCUGGCAUGGAAGCGAGUGGGGCCGUUCGGCGCUGCUGUUACGGCAUCCACAGGCGAUACGUACGGAGGAAGGUCCAAGCGGAUGGCCAGGACGAAAGGACCCAGAACGGCGUCUCGUCCGGCGCUGAAGUCACCAGACGCAACAGCCCGGGAGCUUGAGCUAGCGGCGUAG